UGACGUCAGAUUGUGUGAGUCGGGGCUGGGCUGGGAAACAGUAGCUGUUGGAAAAAACAUGUAACGGUGCAAGGUACGCUGCACCUUCUCACGACAUUCCUUACUGAGACCCAGUUCACCUAACGAGACAAACUCCUAUCUAUCAUAUUGUGACUGUGUCAGGUGGUGGGGAAGGCCUAAUCCCUCAUCUUCAAUAGGCCCCCCCGCCAGCCACGGACAAACAAGGAGCCAUGAGUACAUCAGGCAAAGCCAGUGGGCUAAAACCCCCCAGUAAAAUAGUCCGUCCCUCCGGCGUUCCAUCACGGACAUCACCGUCAUCUGGUACCUCAAAGCCAGUUCCUCCUGAAAAGUCCCCUGGCAGUGUGACCUCACCAGUCCAAGAUGGAAACACAGACUUUAAAAUUGGAGAGAGAGUCUGGGUCAACGGCAACAAGCCUGGCUAUGUGCACUUUGUUGGAGGGACGCAGUUUGCUCCCGGCCAGUGGGCAGGCAUUGUGCUGGACGAGUCGAUCGGGAAAAACGAUGGCUCUGUGGCAGGGGUCCGGUACUUCCAGUGUGAGGAUGGACGGGGGAUAUUCACGCGGCCUUCAAAGCUCUCCAGAACAGCACUGCCAGAGAAGGAGACGAAUGGGGGCCGUGCCAGUCCAGCACAAGGAGUCUCUGCAACAAGCGAGACAGCACCUGCUGGCACUACUUCAGCUACUCCAGGCACUGGCAUUAAGACAGGUGGAGCACUUAACCGGAUCCUGACAUCCAGCGAGUCAGUGUCCAACCUCUCCGACCCAGAUUCCACGAAGAAGAACAGAAGGGAACUAAGGCUGGGAGACCGAGUGUUGGUUGGUGGUACCAAGGCAGGAGUGGUAAGGUUUCUUGGAGAGACAGACUUUGCUAAGGGAGACUGGUGUGGAGUCGAACUAGAUGAACCUCUAGGCAAGAAUGAUGGCGCUGUAGCUGGAACCAGGUACUUCCAGUGCAUGCCCAGGUAUGGCCUGUUUGCUCCAGUUCACAAGGUGACCCGAAUUGGCUUCCCCUGUACCACCCCUACCAAGGCAAAGAGCUCACGGAGGAGGUCCACUCUCAAAAGAAGCCCCAGCGCUUCCUCCAUCAGCUCCAUCAGCUCUGCCACCUCCUCAAUCAGUGGGAAACCCAGCCGAGCAGGACUGCUGACAGAGACGUCAGCUCGGUACGCUCGUAAGAUUUCAGGCACCACAGCCCUGCAGGAGGCUCUGAAGGAGAAGCAGCAGCACAUCGAGCAGCUGCUGGCAGAGAGGGACCUGGAGAGGUGCGAGAUGGCAAAAGCAACCAGCCAUGCAGGAGAGGUGCAGCAGGAGCUGACUCUGCUGAGGAAAUGCCGGGAUCAGUACGCACUGGAGAUGGAGGCCAAGAUGGAUCAGCUGCGGUCGAUGGUAGAAGCAGCAGAUAGAGACAAAGUGGAGCUGCUCAACCAGCUAGAGGAGGAGAAGAGGAAAGUGGAGGACCUACAGUUUCGAGUAGAAGAGGCAUGCAUCACCAAGGGAGACCUCGAGACGCAGACCAGGCUGGAGCAUGCCCACAUAAAGGAGCUUGAGCAGAGCCUGCUCUUUGAAAAGACCAAAGCUGAAAAACUCCAGAGGGAUUUAGAGGACACUAGGGUGGCCACAGUGUCUGAGCGCUCCAGGAUAAUGGAGCUAGAGAGGGAGGUGGCAGAUCUCCAGCUCAGGCUCCGGGCGUCCCAGCAGAAGGAGGAUGCUGUGUCUCUGUCACAGCAACAAAUCAGCAGCCUCAAGGCACAGGUUCAGUCUCAGGAGAAGAAGAUCAGUGAGCUGAGUGUUGACCUGGAGAGCAAACAGAAAGAGCUUCAGUCUGUACAGCAGGAUAAGACGUCUUUGGAAGAACAGCUAACCAGUCUGAGAGAAAAGCUUGAGACAGCUGAGGAGGAGAACAGGAAGGCAGCAAAGACGAUGCAAGGAUUGGAGCAGAUUGUGGAGUGUUCGACGAAAGACUACCAGACACUGAAAGAGGAGAAUCAGUCCAGGGAGAAAGAGCUAAGAGCCCAGCUGACACAGGCCACUGAAAAGUCAGAGAGGUUGGCCCUUUCGCUGGAGCAGUUGACCCUUGACAAUAGAACACUGGAGACACAGCUUGAGGCUUUGAAACAGCAGAACUCCAAAUAUCAGGAAGAGCUCAGUCUCUCAAAAGAGCGGAGCAGCUCAGAAAACCAGCGUAUUGGCAUCCUCUGCAAGGAAAUUGAGGAGCUGAAGCUGGCAUCCCACAAGUCUCAGCAUCCUGAUGAGCACAACGAGGAUCGCAGCAGUCAACAGCCAGACAUGAAGACCAGAGAAACUGUCUCAAAUGUGGAAUCAGAGGGGGACACAAACUUCCAGAAAUCCACUGGAGCCUUAAUCUCAGACAAAGACCGGGAAUUAGAAACUCUGAGGAAUGAGAUCGCGGUGCUGCGAGGAGAAAACGCCAUGGCCAAGACCCUGCAGUCGGCCGUGGAAACGCUAGAGAGAGACAAAGCUCAGCUGCAGAGCCGCGUUCACAGUCUAGAGCAAAGGCUUAUGGGAGCACAAGCCUUGGAGGAAGGAGACAAGGAACUCCCACCCUCUGGUGAUGCAGCUCUGGAGCAGCUGAGGGAAGAGAAGGAGUUUGCAGAGGGACAGAUCAACUUCUUGAAUAGUGUGAUUGUGGACCUGCAGCGGAAGAACGAGGAGCUGAAGAUCAAAUUGAAGAAGCUUGCUUUGUCUGAGUUCAAUGGUAACGACGGGACUGAUGGGUUUGAUGAAGGCAUAUCAAAGCGAGAGAAGAAGGCAACCCCGCGUCUCUUCUGUGACAUCUGUGACUGCUUUGACCUCCACGACACAGAGGACUGCCCCACUCAGGCUCAGAGCCCUGACUCUGUACCUCACACCACCUACCAUGGCAACCCUGCCGUUGAAAGGCCCUACUGUGAUAUCUGCGAGGCCUUCGGACAUGCCACAGAGUCCUGCAAUGAUGAUCAGACCUUCUAGAGGCUCCAGGUGUUUUAUUCUCCUUCCCCUUCCUUUUGCUUCCUCCCCAUAAAAACUGCAGUGACCACCUUUUCCUCUCCUGUUCUUUUUCCCACAGUCCAACCCAACAUGUCUGAAUAUAGCCACUGCAAAUUUUUCCAUAAUGUAUUUUUAUACCGUAUUUAUGCAUAUCACAAGUAGCCACUGUCCUGGUCUGAAUCCUUUACUCUGCAGCUCCAUUCUGUGUCAUGAGGAAUGCUCGUCCAAAUACUGUAUGCUGCUUUGGUGCAAUAUUGAUGUUUAUAACAAAAGGAAUCUGUCCUCUGCACUUGUCAUUUUUAAUGUUUGUUUUGCAUUUCAGUUUCUCUAAAAUAACUGAAUUUGUUGAUGGUCAGCAAAGGGAAGCACAGUUGAAUGAAGGGAAGAUGAAGCACCUCUCCACUCUGUUUCACAUCGCUCAGUGUGAAGCUAGAAACCAAUCAGACUGAUGCUGCCAUAACAUUUUUUUUAUGUUUUAAUGCAAUAUUUUGUAAAGCCCUUUUAAUAAAAAAGGGAAAAAUAUUUUGGGAAAAGUAAUUAUAAUAAUAAAACUGAAGAAGUUGUAAUAUUUUGGUGGAAAUAUAGGUAAAACAAGAAAAAAAAAAAAACAUGCACAUCCUCACCACUAUAUGGGGCAGGUGCCCAGCUGAAGAAAUACAUAAAUACAAAAAAGGAUUAACAGCUGGCGUACUGCAGAACUCCAGUUUUAUUUAUUUAUUGCAUAUUAAUAGUGUGUGCUUUUUAGCAUACAUGCUCUUCAUCACACAGUGAAACAGUUCAGUGCCAUCUUAAAUCACCUGUGAUUAUGCUGCCAUCAGGUUACUUUGCCAUCAUCAAGUAUAAGCAAACUUUUAACGUGGCUCUCUUCAUAAUUAGAUGCAAUAAAUGUAAUUGUUAAACAAAUUUCCCACCUGUGGGACUAAUAAAGGCCAUCUUAUCUUAUCUUAUCUUAUUAAAUGGCCCAAAGCUCAAAGCACAACAACACAUGAAUCCUUGAAAAAUAGUUCAAAAUGAUCGAACAUGGUAAUGCAAGGAAUUGUGAAAAAGUAAGAAUGUCCAUUUCUGAAGUGUGUAUGAGCUGGAUUCAUUUUUUUUCAAUAUUAAGACUUUGCCGUUAAGCUGCAUAUGAGUGAAAUCCACAUUCCUACUUUGACAAGGAAAAGCAGACAAAUUUUCCUCAACACUUUGUUUCAACUGCACGUAUUAAAAUAGACAUUUGGAAUAUUAUUACUAAAUUCUUAUAAUGGUAAUUAUCAUAGUUAGUAUUCUAAAAAUACUGCAUCACUGUAAAACCUAAUUUGUUUGUUCUCAGAAUAUUACAACUUUUUCAAUAAAACAUUUGGCUUUAUUAUUUAAAAUGUUCUACAGACAUUUUUAAUGAAGGGAUUUCUUUUUUCUUAAAUAAUUUAUUUUCAUAAUAUUGCGUGUAUUUUCAAAAUGUUACGGCACGUUUUUUUCUUAGACUGUUGCAUUUAUUUUAUCAAAUUAAUAUUAUAUUAUAAUAGUAAGAUAUUUUUUCUUAACUUUAUUCUCAUAUUCUCACACGACCCCUUAUUCUCAAAACAUGAUCACUUUUAUCAUAAAAUGUUAUGACUUAUUUCUUGUAAUAUUUCAUAUUUUUUCUUAAAUUUGUCACAGAUUUCCAAUUAAAAUAGUUCAGUUAAAUAUUUAAAAUUUUUUUGACUUAAUUUGUUUAAACAAAUUUAGCAACCUAAGUUCUAGUAAUAACCUAAAUGCUGAAAAUGUAAAUAUUUUCUGAUAUGGAUAUAGUUCAAUCUUGACCUUGGAAAUGGUACUUUCCAAAAAAUAAUAAUUUCAGGUCCUUUUUUCAAAGCAUGGGUUUACCUUCACACUUACUUUUUUCAGUAUAAAGUUUCUUUGCUUAACUAAAUAACACAAUUCUGUCUGUUUAGUAACUGCUUCUGAGCUUUUCAUUAUGAUCUCACAUUGUUCUUAUUUCUAAGAGCUUCUUAAGGACCAUUUCCUGAGAUGCAUAAAAGUUUACGAUUUAAAAGUUGCCUGCAAUAUUGUGACGAAUGGGGAACUUAAUCAAAAGUUACUAAACACCAACUAACCAGAUCUCAUGGUUAGGUUUCAACAGCUUUUUCCAACAUCAGGAACAAACACAUUUUCCUGUUUAGUCUCCCACAGGUUGAUAUGUUUCAAACAAUCCAGUAGAAGGUUACUGAGGGUUAAUAAUGAAGUUGCAUUUUGUUAUUUAUUGUAUGAUCUUUUAUUAGCCAGUGACACCCUUAAGGGAAAAUAAGCUAGCACUGAUUGAAGGUGUAUAGUCUGUACUAGGACUACUGUAGUAUAGGUGGGCUUUUGAAAUGCAUCUGCCUCAUGUUACAGAAAACUGCCCAAAUGAAACUCCAGAAGCCUCUACUAACUUUGAUAGCUUUGCACUAUCCACUUUAAAGAUUCAGUAAAUGUACGUUUUCUUCUCAAAGUAUUUAAUAGUUAUUUUUUCAAGGAGGACAGUGCCGAUCAUUGAGCACUAAUUUUCAUGCCGACCUCUUUAAAGGUACUUUUUGCAAUCUCCCUCUCCACCAUUUAAGGAAAACUUACAGCACCAAGGUGCAGUGUUUGAUCAGGAGGUGUGUUGAAAAUAAGAAUGUGCUCUUAGUUACUUGCUUGGUUAAAUGUAGGUUACACUGGGUACCCCUACAAAUAGCAUUUUUGAGCAGGGGACCAUAUACUGAGGCCUGGGUUUGAGUCUGCUUUCCUGUCUAUUCUCUAUAGUGUACUAUCUAAUAGGCUGAAAAUGCCCAAAAUAGAGUUGUAGGUUACACUGACUUGCUACACCACCUUGUUGUGGAAAUUGGUAUUACACAUAGUGUAGUCCAGCCCUGCUUAAACUUUAGUUGUCUCUUGAAGAUGAGAAUGAUUUUUAAAAAGGAAUUUGCAACAAGUACCUUUAAAGCAAAAGUUUGACAUUUUAGUAAUUUUGCUUUUUCGCUUCGAGAGUUUAAUGACACUGACUACUAAAGUCUAUUCCAUGUUAAAAGUCACAAUACAACUGGAGUUUGUCAAAUGAAUAUACAUCAUUAUUUAAAGUUACCUUAUGAAUGCCACCUUAUUAUACACUAAAAACAUUUACUGUGAACAUGGUUAUCACAGAGCAUGUGUAACUCCUGUAUAACCUGGUUUCUUACAAAAUAAUAAUAACCUCAAAAUACAUAAUUAAAGCACAUGUUGGCACAUAUAUAGAAAUUAAAAGUAAUCCUAACAUCUGGUGGAUUUUGUAAUUAUAAGCACAAUAAACAAAGUGAUAUGGUAGUACUGUAUGGAUUUCAAUGUAUUGCUAAAGUGCGGUCAGCUUAAAGCUACACCAGGUUAGCUUAGCACAUAUUGAAGAAAUAUUGGGAAGCAUUAUAAAUAAUCUGUUGAAAAUAAAACAAAUUGCCUUUUUUAAAAAAAAAAUAAUUUUGUACUAUUUAAAGCAACAUGAUCAUAUAACUGCUUGUGAGCUUUAGCGGUGCUACUACAAGAAUGUUAGCUGGUUAAAUUCUUUCAUAACCAGCUGCCAGCUGUAUCCUUUAAAGCUGGCAGAAAGCGACUAAGUGAAUUACCUAAAUUGCCAAACUAUUUCUUUAAAUUAACCCUGUAUAGCAGUUUUUAUUUGAUGUAUCUUAUACUAAAGCACAAUUUUGGAUCAUAUUGAAUCUUCCAGUGUAACAGUGUAUAAUACAUGACUAACCACUGACCCUAGUUUUUGUAAAUACUAAUGAGAAGUUUCCUUUUGCUAAAUGUGUACACAGUGCCAUGGAACAAAAAGAUAGCUUUUGUGUGUACAUCUUAUUUUUUUUUUUUUGCCCUGUUGACAAGGCUGACAUUCUAUAAGGAGGUUUUCACUCAAGGGGAAAAAUAUUUGUAUAGACUUUAAAACAUUGUUAUAAGUGAUGAGUCUAAUUAUUAGUGUAAUGUUUUAUAUGUAACAAUUUCAGGCACCAUCUAUAAAUGGUUUCAAACCGUUUUACAGAUGUUGAUGUGGUGGAAAAUGUCACUGUUUUCUAUGUGCUGUAUACUCCUGAACAGUCCAAUAGAAAUGCUAAGAAAAGAAAA